AUGUAUCUGUCCCCUGAACCCUGCAUCCUGUGCCCGUGUGCGUCAACCAAAGAAGCUGUGAAGGACAAAGCCAAAGAUGGCAAAAAGAAGGUUCCUAAGAUCUUCUUUGGGACUCGCACUCAUAAGCAGAUAACUCAGAUCGCCCAUGAGCUGAAGCGCACGGUUUACUCCGGCGUGGCCAUGACCAUCUUAUCCAGCAGAAAUCAGACAUGUGUCCAUCCAGAAGUGGUGCCUCACUCCAACCGCAAUGAACGCUGCAGGGAUCUACUGGAGGCUAAAGAUGGUAAAUCAUGCCGCUACUACCACGGUGUCCAAAGGAUGCGGGAUCAGUGUUCACUGCAGCGGGUCCACGGACUCUCUGAAGCCUGGGACAUUGAGGACAUAGUGGCACUGGGUAAACGCCUUCGCUCAUGCCCCUACUACGCUGCACGAGAACUCAUGCAGGAUGCCUCCAUCGUCUUCUGUCCAUAUAACUACCUGCUGGACCCAAUGAUCAGAGAGAGUAUGGAGAUUGACCUGACUGGUCAGAUUGUGAUUCUGGACGAGGCCCACAACAUCGAGGACUGUGCAAGGGAGAGUUCUAGCUUUAAUCUAGACCACAGCAGUCUGCUGGCAUGUAGGGACGAGCUUGACGGCAUGGUCAACAUCAACAUCAGACGAUCCCAGCACGAGCCACUCAGGAACUUCUGCUAUAGCUUGAUCAACUGGAUCCAGGAGAGCCAAGGCUUGAUGUCUGAACGAGGAUAUGAGACUGCCAGUAAAGUCUGGAAUGGGAAGGAUGUACUGGGCAUCUUUCACAACCUUGGCAUCACUGCUGACACCUUCAGCCUUCUGAAGAAAAACCUGGCAGCAGUUUUAGAGAAGGAGGAGCGUGUUGGUGUGGUCAAUGGAAAAGAGGAUAUGGUUCAGCUCCCAACAAUUAGCUCAGCCUCCUCCAUUGUCCUCAAAAACCUCUUCAUGGUGCUAGGCUUCAUGUUCUCUUCUGAGGACAACUGCAGCUUUGCUGAAGACUACCGGGUAGCUCUGCAGAAGAGCUACGCUUGGACGAACCAGGUCCCACCUGAUGUCCCUGAUGCCCAUGGCUUUUUUGUUCGGCCUCGCCAAAGACAACGCCUGAGUGCCCGAGUCAAGGCAGAAGUCCUAACACUCAGCUUCUGGUGCCUCAACCCUGCUGUGGCUUUCUCUGACUUGAGAAAGUCUGUGCACAGCAUUGUGCUGACAUCAGGAACCCUUUCACCAAUGGGCUCGUUCUCCUCUGAACUUGGAGUGAAGUUCACCAUCCAGCUGGAGGCCAACCAUGUUAUCAACAAGUCCCAGGUUUGGGUGGGCACUAUUGGUUCAGGACCCCAAGGCAGAAAGCUCCUCGCCACCUUCCAACACACUGAAACGUACGCCUUCCAGGAUGAGGUGGGGGCGCUGCUGCUCAAUGUCUGCCAGGUCGUGGCCAAGGGUGUCCUCUGCUUUCUGCCAUCUUAUAAGGCCGCAAACAACUUCAAGGCGUAUACUGCCAUCCAAAGUCCCCCAGCCAAUCAGAAAUAG